AUGAAGGGAGUGAUGAGGUUCGAGAAAAGAGGAAAGUUAAGCCCGAAGUACAUUGGACCGUACGAGAUCAUCCAAAAGGUGGGAAAAGUGGCAUACAAGUUGGAUUUGCCUAAUGAGCUAGAAAGAGUUCACAAUGUGUUCCAUGUGAGCCAAAUUCGGAAAUACAUACCAGAUGUUUCCCGUGUUUUACAGCCUGAAACCAUCGGGAUGGACGAGAACUUGACUUAUGAGGAAAGACCUGUGAAGAUUUUGAAUAGUAAAGUGAGAAGCACUAGGAACAAGGAUGUUAAGAUAGUUAAGGUUUUAUGGUCAAACCAUAAAACCGAGGAAGAUACUUGGGAAGCCGAAGCAGAUAUGAGGAAAAGAUAUCCAGAGUUGUUUUCUAAGGUCAGUAGUCGAGUUACGGGGGAGUAA